GAUGUCUUCUGCUGUCUCUCAAUUCCUCAGGCCCCAGCUUUACACCAACCAAGGAUGGAGCAAUGAUAUUGUUCUGGAACACUUUAGAACCCCCAGCUGUUCUAGAAUACUCUAGAACUUCCCAGGUUCACAAAGCAUCCUGAGGCCUUCCUAGCCUAGUUAGGACUAACUCCAACCCAGUCCCUCAGUAGGCCUUAUGUGGAUGCUGGCAGUAGGUGGAGUUUUCUUGGCAGCUGCCCAGGCCUGUAUAUUUUGUCGCCUACCGGCUCAUGACUUGCCUGGUCGCCUGGCUCAGCUCAGCAGCCAACUGAAGGCCGAGUGGAAGGAAUGGGCUUCCCCAGAUUUCUCAGCUUUUGCCUUAGAUGAGGUGACCAUGAACAAAGUCACAGAGAAGACUCACAGAGUCCUGAGGGUCAUGGAGAUCAAAGGAUCCAUCUCUUCACUCCCUUCAUAUUGGCAAUGGCUUCAAAAGACCAAGAUCCCCCAGUAUACCAGGGAAGCUCUUUGUGCCCCAGCCUGCCCCACGCUCCUUCUGUCUCCUGCAGGGGGCAGCACCAUCCUAUACAACUGUUCCACCUGCGAGGGCACCGAGGCGUCCUGUUGGCCCCGAAAGCGGUGCCUCCCAGGUAGUCACGAUCUGCGGGAAGCCAGGAUUCUGCUAUUCUCUGUCUUUGGAGCUGUCCUGCUUCUGGGUGCUCUGAGCCUCCUGGUGGAGUCCCGGCACCUCCAAGCAAAGACACCUUCAAGCAAAUGGUGACUUGUGAAAAUGCUUACAGUCUCCCCACUUGCAGUUCUAAGGAAUAUGUAUACCCACAAUAUCCACAUCCCUGUGUGGAGAACCAGCCCACCUCUUAGUGCCAGUGCAAAAGUGUCAUUGUUCCAGACCCUACAAUCUAAACAUCUCCAUGAUGAUUCCCAACAUCAGAGGAAUCCAGGCACCCACAGCUGGAAAGUUCCUCCCCUCCAGCUUUCCACCAAUCAGACCAGGGCAGUGGGCCAUGCCAGGAAAUUAUCUACAGAAGGAAAGAAUCCCCUACACACACACCACCACUCCCACACCCCUUCUGCCCGUUCCGGGAAAGCCAGGGCUGUCUGCCCCCAAAGCUGCUCUGAGCGCUCCUAUGACUGAUUGGGAAUCCGGGAAUGAGUGUUCUGGAAAACUCCCUCCCUCUCUGUUGAGACCACAUCAGUCAGCCCGCUGGCACAUCGUCCCUCUAUUGUGUUAAUGUUGAGCAGCCCUGGACUCCUUGGAAGGGCCCUCCUCCUGCUGGGCCCAACUAAACCUGUGAUACUAUGCUCUCCA